UCGGUCUCGACACGAGCGGAACCGCUACAGUUGAGUUGAAGGUGAUAAUGCGCCGGCGGAAGGUUUACGGCGAGCCGCAGAGGUGAUUUUGACAUAUUUGGAAAAAAUGGAUUAUCAAAAUAUCACUUUUUAGUUUGAAAUCAAUUAUUUACAAAUAUAUUUACGAAAUUGCAACCAAAACAACAUGAAAACACACAAAAAUUAGGUGAUUUAGGAAGAAACCAUGGUUGACGGCCGUCCAAUACUUGCAGAAACCUAAAACGAAGGGUAGAAGAUGAGUUAGUUACAAUUUUGCCAUUAAUGAAAAAUACACAAAAAAUGACAAGACUGGGCGUCUGGGGAUUCGAAGGUGGGUUGCUAAUCCCUGCUAUAACCAUUGGGCCACGGUUAACUAUUUUGUGUCUUAAGCGUGGACUAUUAAUAUACGAAACAAUUCAUACAAAUAUCAAUAAAAAUUUAAAACUAAUUUCUGAGUGUUCUCAGAUUAAUCACAGAUUUCUACUAAUUCAUAGCUAAAAAUGGAUGCAAGAUAUCACAUUUUGUAAUUAGUAUGAGAUGGCUUAGGAAUUUGAGAUUUUUGUUUUUAAAAAAUUGAAUUAAAAUUUUUUUGAGACUUUUUGGCAAUGAAGCUACCGGUUCGAGUAAAAAUCAUAAAUGUUAUGAUUUAAAUAUUAUAAUAAAUUAUGUCACUCUAAAAAAUUAUUAGAGAGUCAUUAUAAUCAAGAUAAACAUGUGUACAAGUUUAUCAUGUGUACAAAAACUAUAUGUGUACAUGUGUAUAUAUUUACAUGUGUACACUCUAAAUUAUUAAAACAAUGUAUCAUAAAAUCACAUUUUCAUGUUAACCUAACAAACUUCUAGUUUUUCUUUUUGUCUGUUUUUGUUUUUAAUUUCGAAAAAAGCUGACAAAAAAAAGGUCAAAACAUGCUUUAUCAUUGUGUACACAUAUAUUUCGUUGUCCACAUGUACAACUGUUUUACAAAAAUUUACAUGUACACUGAUUCGUUUGUACAUUGCACAAUAUAAUAUCUGAUUUGAGUGCAUUUAUAUAUGUAAACGAGUUUUCCUUCUAGUUUUCCUUUUUGUCUGUUUUUUUUUUAAUUUCUAAAAAGCUGAAACCAAAAUAUUCUUCAUUAUUGUGUACACAUAUAUUUCGUUGUCCACGUGUACAACUAUGUUACAAAAAUUUACAUGUACACCGAUUCGUUUGUACAUUGUACAAAUAUGAUAUUUGAUUUGAGUGCAUUUAUAUAAGUACACCAGUUCAUUUGAGUAUCUUGUUUGAGUUCAUUUAGAUCAUUUUAAAAUUAAUUUAAGUGUAUACAUAGCAUUUGUUUGUGUAUUGCAUAUCACAUGGGAUAAAAUGCAAAUUUGGAAGUUAUGAUCAAAAAUGAAAUGAUGCAAAAAUUGAGGGACCUCAUGUUUCAAAAACGCUAGUUCUCCAUCAAAACAUGGGCUAAGUUGCAUAUUGGAAAGUCUGGGAUCAAUUAAAUUUAAGCUAAUAUUAAAAUUUCUGGUUCUCAAUUAAAAGAUUUAACAAUGCACAGUUAAACAAAAAGUUUCAGCGGCUCAGUGGUUAAUGAUCUCUUAUUAUAUUACAUGAGUAACAGGUUCAAUACGCAUUAGUGCAUUGUUUUAAUUUAUUUUAUAAAGUAAAGGGUAUAAUCGUAAUUAUGUGAUCUUCUUCUUCAUUGACCUAAUUUUUUUCCCAGCGUAGCCACCAUUGCUACCAUCUUUUUAUAGAACUCUAAAUCAGGUUAUAGAUACACGUUUUUGACCUCAAAAACAACAAAUCUGAGAUUUUAGGUUUCUGCAAGUAUUGGACGGCCGUCAACCAUGGAGUUCUAGGGACAAAGGAUCAUCAUCUUCGCCAGCAAUGGAUAACGAAACCUAUGUGAAGAAUCGGAUACAAGAGCUUGUUCGUCUUAUCAAAGUUGCUCGUGUCUAUAGACAAGACAAUGUCCCUUCCCUUAUCCAACAGGGUCUCUAUCUCGGAUCCUUUGCAGCAGCUUCCAACAAGAACGCUUUGAAGUCUUGCAACGUCACUCACAUCUUAACUGUAGCUAGCUCCUUGAGACCUGUCCACCCUGGCGAUUUUGUCUACAAGGUUGUUCCAGUUGUGGAUAAGGAAGACACUAAUUUGGAAGCAUACUUCGAUGAGUGUAUCCAUUUCAUUGAUGAAGCCAAGAAGCAAGGUGGUAGCGUUCUUGUCCAUUGCUUCGUUGGAAAGUCACGCAGUGUCACUGUAGUUGUUGCUUACCUCAUGAAGAAACACGGAAUGACUUUAACCCAAGCAUUGCAACAUGUUCAGAGCAUUAGACCCGUGGCAAAUCCUAACGCCGGUUUCAUCAGACAAUUACAGGACCUCGAAAAGUCUUUACAAGUAAAGGAUUAUUUGACUAACCAGAACCCGUGGGAUGAAAAGCAAAUUGUUGUGGAGGAACGAGACCAGUUCAUGUAAAUAACUCUUACUUGCACCUUCCUCUCUCUCUCUCUCUAAAACAGGGAAGCAAGAAUCGCUCGCCCACUGUCAAGUGUGAAGACCCCCACCAAGUUCAUACCUUUUGGAAAAACUUGUAAAUCUCAAACUAAGCAUCAUAUGUUUGUUUUGUCCUUUCUCCUUUAACAACUUGAUGAAAAACAUGGAAACGAUUCUGUAAAGUUUAACUGUUUCAUGAAAGCCGUAGCCUCCCUAUACGAUGAACUAAAAGCAGAAGAUAA